AUGGAUGUUCUAAGAGAUCACGCAGAGGCCAUCAUCCUCAACCCGGAUCUCGCACCCCUUCUCGCUAUCCUCAAGGCCGCCCGCAAUGGCGCUGUCUACGGAGCCAAAGUUCGCUUCCCUCAUGCUCUAGUCAUGGUCGUGCUGUUCCGGAAAGGCUCAUGGAAAGAAAAAAUCCGUCUUGUGUUAAAGGCAACAAGACAGCAUGCCAGCAAUCUUGCUAGAUUCGCGGUCGUCUAUAAAUCGUCCAUGUUAAUAUUACGCCUCCUCAAUCCUAUAAGACCUGGAAAAGAAGGCCCAUAUGACACCUUUUUCGCUGGGCUACUUGGCGGAUACCUUGUCUUUGGAAGUGCAAAGCAGGGCGGUGUCAACCAACAAAUAGUCAUCUAUGUCUUUGCUCGUGUCAUGUUAGCGCUUGCACGACUUAGUAUUGAGCCGCCUACCAUGACAAGUACAACGCCUACCCCAACACUCUUCACCCAACGAUUCUCGCCAGAUACGAAAGCCAUGAUCGAGAGGAAUGCUUGGCCUGUCUUCGCAAGUUUAAGCUGGGCUUUCGUCAUGUAUAUAUUCCGAUGGCAGCCAGAAAGCAUCCAGCCCAGCUUAAGGAGCAGCAUGAAAUAUAUCUACGUUAACUCGGACUACUGGGAUUCUCUUCGGAAUUUCCUGCUAUACAACACCUAA